CCAAACCCCCCUUUCCCGUCAGAGAGCCGCCGCCGCCGCCAUGUCCGACGAGAAGCAGCCGAGCGCGAACUUGAUCCGCAUGUGGAGGGUCUGGCGCACAACCAAGGAGAUGAUGAACGACCGAGGCUACCAAGUUCUCGAGGACGACAUGAACAUGACACUGGAUGAGUUCGCGAGUAGAUACGGCCGCGCAGACGGCGAGCCCGACCGCUCGCGCCUCAACUUUUCCUGCCAGCCUGGCGAGGAGAUGCUUACCAAAUAUACCAUGCCGCCUACAAAGAAGGACCCCGAACCACGACCACAGAUCGGCACCAUAUGGGUCGAGUUCAACAGCGACGAGAAUGUCGGUCUGAAGCAGCUGCGCGACUACAUGCAACACUUGGUUAAUGGCGCCUUCUACUCCGGUAUCAUGGUCACCGUCAAGCCCAUGACCGGCAUGGCCAUCCGUUUGCUGCGCGGCUCAGCCACCAUGAGCGAGGGCCCCAAGGGCGGCGUCGAGGUCUUUGUCGAGCAAGAUCUGCUGGUCAACAUCACAAAGCACGAGUUGGUCCCCAAGCAUGUUCUUCUUAGUGAAGAGGAGAAGCAACAGCUACUCAAGAGGUACCGUCUCAAGGCCACACAGCUCCCCAGGAUUCAGUCUACAGAUCCGGUCGCGAAGUACUUGGGGUUGAAGCGCGGUGCUGUCGUCAAGAUCAUAAGAAAGUCGGAAACUGCUGGUCGCUAUGCCAGUUACCGAUGGGUCAUUUGAGGUGGCUGGAGAGAUGGGCUAUAGAGAGCACAAGACCAGGAUCAGGAAACAACCACGCGAUCGAAGAUCAGUACUCACGGUUCCAUCGCGCAGAGGUCAUCCUGGAGGCCAGAGGCAUUUAAAUGGAGAGACAAGAGGGAGAUUCAUAUUGCGAGGCGUUUGGCGAACGGGAAAGGCACCCUUGAGGAUGAUUGGCAUUUGCAAAAAGCAAGACGGAGGUCCGAAACGACCCAUGUCAUAUCUAUGUAUACCAUUGAAAGCAUUGCAUUCACAGCAGACUUCAGAGUGGGCAUCGACGGUGCAAGACCGACAGUGAAUAUUGGGCGAUGAAAAAAUAAU